AUGGUAAAUAUUACUAUAUUUUUUUCUGGCAGUGUGAGCAUGCUGGUUUUGUUUGCGGUGGUUAUUGUUCAGGAUGGGAGUGGAGACUAUCGCAGCAUCUCAAAAGCCGUUUCUGCAAUACCUAAUUCAGCUUCGGCCACAUACAUCAUUCACAUCAAGCGGGGAAUUUACAACGAAGCAGUAGAUGUGAGAAUGUAUAAGAACAAUAUAGAAGCACAACAUUUUGUUGCAAAAGACAUCAGCUUUGUGAAUUCCGCCGGAGUCAAUGCCGGACAGGCAGUUGCUGUGAGAAGUGUAGGCUUAAAUCAUGCAUUCUAUAGGUGUAGUUUCAAAGGAUACCAGGACACUUUGUUUAUGAUUUCCGGCAGGAAAUUUUUCUACAAAUGCAACAUCUUUGGAACCCUAGACUUCAUAUUUGGUGACGCAGGCAUCAUGUUCCAGAAUUGCAACAUAUACGGGAGAAAUCCAGAGAAUGAAGGAUUGCCCAUUAUUGUUACAGCUGAAUCAAGGGGUAUAGCGAACAGUGAAUUUUCGACAUGCACUCUGUGCACUUAUCGUCGUUCUUAUACUGUAAUUAGAUAUGGGUCCCACUCAAUUGACACUUAG